AUGGUUGUAGCUGAUAUUGAAUUAAAACCCCGUUAUAAUAGACCUAAACGGAGAGAAAAUUUUCAAUACAAAAAUGCAAAUUGGGAUGGGAUCAAGACUUUUAUAAGUAAAAAAGGGCAAUCUAUCAUUGAAAGUAAUGGAGUAGUUGAACAGAAAUGGAAAGAUCUUAGAAGUGUCAUCAAUCAAACGGUAAAUGCAAAUGUACCAAAGAAACUAACUUCCAAGAGACACAACCUAGCAUGGCUCGGGAAAACUGAAAAGAAAAUGAUAAGCAAAAAGCAUAAACUCUUUCAACAGGCAAAACAAUCUAGAACUAAAGCUUCAUGGGAUAAAUAUAAAUCACAUAAAAGACAAACACAACGUGCAGUUCGCAAGGCUCAUUGGAACUAUGUAAAUUCGGUGCUAAAUGACUCCCUAGAAUCUGGAAAUAGCAAACCUUUUUGGAAUUAUGUGAAAUCAAAGAGAACGGACAAUGUUGGUGUUUCUGGAAUUAAGAAAAAUGGUAUCUUAUACCAGGACAGUAAAGAUAAGGCAAAUAUCUUAAAUGAACAAUUUAAAUUUGUGUUCACCAAGGAAAAUAGAAAUGAAAAACUACCUGAAAUGAAUACCAAACACAAAUAUUCUAAAAUAAGUGACAUUAAUAUUGAGUCUGCAGGAGUUGAAAAACUAUUGAAAAACAUUAAUACAAACAAAGCCUGUGGCCCAGAUAAAAUUGCAAAUACUAUCCUGAAAGAAUGUGCACAAGAACUAUCACCAGUGCUUUCUCAUAGCUUUCAACUAAGCUUGGACACAGGAAUUUUACCAUCUGAUUGGAGAAACGCCAACGUAAGUCCAAUAUUCAAAAAAGGUGAUCGACAUGCAGCGGCCAAUUACAGACCAGUCUCUCUAACGUAUUACAACAAGUAUACCGUAUACUCAGAGAAAGUGUUGAGUAGUGCUAGACAAUCUCUUCCGCGUAAACGCUUCAAGCCAUUUCUGAAACCCUUUUGGAACCACGAACUUGCAAAAUAUCACAGACAGAUGAAAUCUUUUCGUGAGUCAUGGUGUCGUGAUGGCCGGCCGCGUAAUGAAGCCAGCAUUAGUUAUGCGAACUACAAAAACUCUAAGCGUGUAUUUAGGCGCAUGCAUCGAAUUUGUAUUGAAAACUAUUUGACAUCUAUUGACCAAGAGCUUGAUAAAACAGCUGAAAUAGACUCUGAUCAGUUUUGGAAACUAGUACGACAUAGGAAAAAGAAGUCUCAGUCAAAAAUGUCCUCUGGAAUUAAAUUUCAUGAUACUGUUGUCAGAGACCGAGAACAGUUAACAGAGCAAUGGGGUCUAUAUUUUAAGUCGUUAUAUUCACCGGCAGAAUCUCAAAAUUUUGAUGAACAGUGGAAGUAUACAGUUACUACGGUUGUUGAAAAUACUUUUAAUAACAUUAAACCAGAUGAACAUGUGAGGGUUUUGCCAGAUGAUGUAUCGAAAGCAAUCGAAACGUUACCAAAAGGAAAAGCCUGUGGUGAAGAUAACAUUUCAUAUGAGCAUCUCAUUUUCGGUAAAGCUGUGAUCUCUAGUGCCUUAGCAAAUAUGUAUACACACAUGUUACGACACGGAUAUAUACCAGACUCCUUAAAACGUGGCAUUAUUAUUACACUGCAUAAAGGCGGUAAUAAAUGUAAGGACGAUCCGAACAAUUAUCGCGCUAUAACACUGUCGUCAACUGUAUUGAAAGUCUUUGAAAUGGUAUUGUUAGCGAGAUGCAAGGAUAAACUAAUAGACACGUUAAGUCGGCAACAGGAUGGCUUUCAAGAAAAACUGGGAUGUUUAAUGACGUCCUUUGUUUUACGUGAGUGCAUUUAUUUUUCACGCGAGAAUUCUUCGAAACUUUAUGUGUGUUUCCUUGACGGCAAACAGGCUUUUGAUAACGUAUGGCAUGACGGACUCUUUUACAAACUGAUUGAAGCUAAUAUUGAUACUACUUCUCUAAUAGCCUUUAAAGAUAUGUACUAUAAUGUGACCAGCCGAGUAAGAUACCAAGGUUUAUUUUCGAGCAUGUUUCCGGUACUUCAAGGAACUAGACAAGGGGGGAAAAGUUCACCUCUGUUUUAUCUUGUUUUUAUCAACGGUCUAAUAAAGGAUCUUGAACGCAGCGGACAGGGAAUGUGUAUUUACAACAUGAACUUGUGUUCUCCUACAGUGGCCGAUGACAUGUUGCUGGUGUCUUUCUCUAAAUAUGGCAUGGACAGUAUGCUGGACAUUUGCUAUAAUUAUGCACGGAAGUGGCGAUACAGAUAUAAUGCAAAUAAAUGCGGCAUCAUGGUGUUUAACAAUAAUACGAAUUGUGUUGAUUCGGUUCAGUCGUUCACCCUUGGUCGUGAAACUAUUCAGGAGGUUGAAUGUUAUACACAUCUUGGGCUUAUAACGGACACGUUCCUUUCUACCUAUAAACCAAUAUGUAAAGCGUGUACGAAACUUCGUGGAACAUUCUUAAAUAUUUCGAGUAGUGGAAUCCAUCCUGUAGCAUUAAAUCCUAUUACGUCCAGAACUAUAUACAGAUCUAUUGUUAUUCCGAAGUCACUGUACGGGUGUGAAUUGUGGAACAUGUACUCAAAAACGGAUAUGCUUAAACUUGAACGGGCGCAUAGAUUUUGUCUGAAAUUUAUGCAGCAGUUAAGGCAGAACAUAAGUACAGACUUCUCGUUGAGUGUUAUAAACCUCAGCUCCAUAGAAGCAAUGAUUGAUUUCAAGAAACUCCAGUUCUUCGGGCAAUUGUGUCGCCUUCCGUGUUCGAUGUUGUCUUCACACUUUGUGCAAAGAUGUAAAAAGUGUGAAUUGCUGUGUGAAGACAUUAACCUCUUCAGUAUUGGAGGAAAUAAAAGAAUCUAUCUAGUAGUUGAAGGUGAAUUCUCAACUCUAUGUUCCGUGGACUCGGGUGUGCCACAAGGCACUGUGUUGGGGCCCCUGCUCUUCUUGUGCCACAUAAACGAUCUGCCAAGUUGUGUUAAAUCCACCGUUAGACUAUCCGCAGAUGAUUGUUUACUGUAUCGCAAAAUUGAAAGUAUUCAAGACCAAAUACAAAUACAAGAAGACCUGAAAGCCUUAGAGAUCUGGGCUAAGAAAUGGGGAAUGCGAUUUAAUGCCUCAAAAUGUUACAUCAUGUCCAUCCAUCGAAGCAAGAAACCAUUUACCUUUAAUUAUUCACUGGACAACCAUAUUUUGGAACAUGUAAAAGAAAACCCUUAUCUUGGAAUAACAAUUAGUGAUAACUUGAAAUGGGCUACACACAUCAAUAAAAUAUGCAACAGAGCAAACUCAACUCUUGGAUUUAUACGAAGGAAUUUGAAGAACUGUAACAAACAAUUCAAAGAAACAGCUUAUAUUUCACUCGUAAGAUCAGUACUGGACUAUUCAUCUACAGUAUGGGAUCCAUAUCUCUCAAAAGAUAUAACGCGCAUAGAAAACAUUCAACGUCGUGCAGCGCGUUUUGUUCAAAAUGACUAUCGCCGUACAAGUAGUGUUUCGCAAAUGAUGAACUAA